AUGGCCGAAAACGCUUCAAACAACCCCUGCAUCGCCUGCCGAUGGACUCACGAGCAGCAAUCCCAAUGCAACUACUCCAGCCACGUCCGACUCGCCCACAGCACCAGCAACUCCGGCACCUGGCGGAUCGGAUCGUCGAUGCUCCUGAAAGAGCGCCCCCACGAGGGCUGGGUCAACGAGCCCCGAGUGCUACGCUUCCUCUCCAACCAGCCCGACAUCCCCGCGCCCUUCAUCGUCCACGACUGGGUCGACCAAGGACGCCACUACAUGCUGCGGCAGCACAUGGGCGGGGCGGCGCUCAAAGACGCCUGGGGCUGGCUGACCGAGGGGCAGAAACGGUCGCUCGCCGCACAGGUGGCCGAUGUCGUCCGGCGCAUGCAGACCAUCGCCUCGCCCAGCAUGCAGGCCGUCGACGGCGGCCCCUGUGUGCCGCAGCUGCUCUUCACGGACGCCUUCCCCCACGGGCCGUUCCCCUCGGACCGCGCCCUGUGGGAUGAUCUCCAGCUGACCCUUGCGUGUCGCAGCACGUACGGAAAAGCCUUCACGGGCCAGGCGCUUGAUAAGUUGCAGGCGUCGUUCCCGAGGUGUGCGCCGUAUGUGCUGACCCAUUGUGACCUCAGCGUCGAGAAUAUUGUGGUCAAUCAUGGCCAGCUGGUGGGCAUCGUAGGGUGGGAUCGCGCGGCGUUUUACCCCUUCUGGUACGAGUAUGUUGCUGCGUCGUGGACUCUUCCGGGGGUGGAUGUGGAGUGGAAGAGGUUGCUAAGAGAGCAGCUUGUCCCGCAUGAUGAUGCGCAGAGUUUCGUCUUGGACGUGUAUGGUUUGUGGGAGUAG